UGAAUGUCACCACAACAAUGAACAAAUUUGUCUUAUUCAGUUAUUGUGAAGAUUGUGUACAUAUCAGUAGUGUGUGUUAGAUAGUAUUAAUUAAUUUACUGUAUGCUUUACCAAGAACAUAUACCAAAGUCAGUGAAAUCAUGAAUAAUUUAGAGGCAGCAGCUAAUGAUUUUGUUGAGAAUAAACUACCAGUUAUUCCCAUCCUAGUUGGAGUGGGUUCAAUUGUCGUACUAGCGACUGUGUUGGCCAACUGUGCGUGGGGCAAAAAGUCUACAAAAGGCAAGAAGAAGGUAGCCUUAGUCGACCCAAACACUAAGUACCAGUUGCCUCUUGUGGAACGGGAAGAAAUCAGCCAUGACACAAGGAGGUUCCGUUUUGGACUGCCAUCAAAAGAACAUGUGCUAGGUCUUCCCAUAGGACAACAUAUUCACUUAUCAGCGAAGAUUGACGAUGACCUCAUUAUCAGAGCAUACACACCAGUGUCCAGUGAUGAUGAUAAGGGCUAUGUUGAUUUGGUUGUCAAAGUAUAUUUUAAAAAUAUCCACCCAAAAUUCCCUGAGGGUGGUAAAAUGUCUCAGCAUAUGGAACAGAUGAAACUUGGCGAAACUAUCGACGUGCGAGGACCUUCAGGUAGACUACAGUAUUCUGGAAAAGGCCUGUUCCUCAUCAAGAAGUUGAGGAAGGACCCUCCUACCAAGGUUACUGUGAAGAAACUCAACAUGAUUGCUGGUGGUACUGGCAUCACUCCAAUGCUACAAUUGGUGAGACACAUCUGCCAAGAUGCCAAUGACCCCACGGAGCUUCGCCUGCUGUUCGCCAACCAAUCUGAACAGGACAUCCUGCUUCGGGACGAACUCGAGAAAUUCCAGAAAGAAUAUCCAUCACAGUUCAAAGUUUGGUACACUGUGGACCGACCUACUGAAGGUUGGAAAUACAGCUCAGGUUUCAUCAACGACGAGAUGAUCAAAGAACAUUUGUUUGCGCCGGGCGAUGAUGUACUGGUACUGAUGUGCGGGCCGCCGCCCAUGAUCAACUUCGCCUGCACUCCGGCCUUAGAUAAACUGGGAUACAAACCGGAAUUGCGUUUCGCCUACUAAAGCGUAGUUUUAUACAUAUAAACUUUGAAAAAUAUUACUGUAAAACUACUAAUUUUUUUACAUGAUAUAGACUUGUCAAAAUACCUACUACUACUAGUUUCAUGGUUCCGACAUGAAUUUGUCGCGUCCUGCGCAAGAGUGAGUUAAAAAAAAAUGUGGAGUCGCGCAGAAAUCUGACCCUCCUAUGAUUUUGGUUUGUAUGAACCAUAAACCUGCUUCAAAUAACGGAAUAAUAAACGCCAAAUAUAUUAUUUGCUUGACAUGUGAUGGUCGGUUCGAAAUCUGUGACCACUAAGUAUUUGCGAUUUUCGUAAUUACUAGUGAAUAGCGUUAAAAGUUCAAAGAUAAGAUUUUGUGUCUAAUAUCUACGCACAAAAGUCGAUAUUACUCGUCAUAUCAUUAUUUACAUUGAAAAUGAGUAAUUAAAUUUAAAGUCCAUUAUGCUAAAUAUAUCACACAGUGUUUUAUUAUUUUAAAAACAUGAUUACAUACGUAAGCAAAACAAAAACAUUAAAUAUUAUUUAUUACAAAAACCCAGGAGACUUCUUAUGUUAAACUAGCAAUUGCUCGCGACUUCGUUCGCUGUAAAGUUUACAGAAAAAGCUAGCCCCCUUUAUUGCCCCAUUAUAAUAUCAUUCAAUAACAGACAUAGGUCAGUACUAUUUUAAAUACAAUAAAUUAUCAUUUCAAUUACCAAAUUAAGUUACUGUCAUGGUGUAUAAGGUAUUUUUUUAAGUUUUGUAAGAUAGUCAAUUCAGUUAAACGCUGUUUUUAGAUAUUAUAUUUUUGAGGAAGUUGGUUAUUUUCAAUCAAACUUAUUCUAUCAUUGUAUAUGACAUCUAUAAGUUUAACGAUGGUUUUAAGAUAUUUUUAUUUUUUAUCUCUACUAUACGUACAAGUACACGUACCAUUGAUAUCACAUCUCGUGUUUGUUGCAGAAUAGGAAAUUGUGGGUAUAUUGUGUAGUUAAGGCAAAGUGAAAAUAUUGUUAUUACCUAAUGAUAUUACUAUGUGUGUGAGCGUAGAUGCAGGAACGUUGUUUUAAUAAACUUUUUUUAUA